GAACACGGUCCCUGUCAAAGCUUUAGUGAUAACACUCGGAGGGGUUUGGAGUUGGACUGUCCACUUCAUCAUUUAUUUACGCCGUGCUCAUUAAUCAACAUAGUGGACCCACAUUCUUGGGGCAGUACAAGUAACCAGCGAGCAAAAAUGAGGAUGAUCAAGUUGAUGCUGGUGGUGAUGCUUGGAUUUCCAUGCAUUAGUGCCAGAAAACAAUUCAAGGAAAAACUUGGAAAGUUGGAAGACUGUCCAGUUGAAGACUAUGAAACCUGGGAUUUAGUGGGGCCAUAUUGUGCCAAACAUUUCCAUGACACUCGCACAUUUGGUGAAGCUGAGAUUUCCUGCAGGGAGGAGGCUGAAGAUGGCCAUCUGAUUGCCGUCCAUGACAUUGAAACUGCUGAUGACCUGAGGAUUUUGACUGGAGCUUAUAACAAAAAGACCUGGAUUGGAGGAUUCAAUGUUCAAUGUACCGACGGCUUCAUGUGGACUGACGGCUCUGACUGGGACUACAACAACUGGGUGCCUGGAGAGCCUAGUGACAUGGGCGACUGUGUGCAGAUGGUCUAUGACAGUCCUGGCCUGUUUGACACUGCUGAGUGUUGUGAGAAGCGUACCUAUGUCUGUGCCUUCCUGGCAGAGGACUAACAAGCGGGAAGAAGAUGUAAUGCAGUGGCGCAUUUUGUUUAUUGUGAAAGGGUGUAAUUUUCAUUGGAUUUAAAGUCUGUGUGGUGUUAGAUAAAUCGAUUGGCCAAAAUAUAUUGAAAGAAAGAAAGAAAGAAAGAAAGAAAGAAAGAAAGAAAGAAAGAAAGAAAGAAAGAGAAUUGUUAAAUAAUUUAAGUCAAAAUAAUUAAUUUAAUGUUACACCUGACAAAAAUGGCAAGUCUGCUUCUGCUUGCUGAAGGCAUGGACAAUUGUAUCAAGACAGCGUAUUUGCACCAUAUCAUGGAUGAACAUGUACACCUAUAUUCACCAAAUGCAACUAUAUUACCAGGCAUUAAUUAUAGUAGGAUAGUGGAAUAAUGUGAAAACUUUAAUGUGCAAAGGCUAAUGCUAUUUUAGUGUUUUGUCAGCAUCACCCAUAUCAAACUAAGGACAUGUAAAAUUAUACUAUAAAGUCUUAUACUUUUAUUGCCGAAUUAGACAUACUACAACAGUGGUCUCCAAUUAUUUUCUCUAAGGGCCAAAUAAGAGCAAGUGAGGCUUUGGGCCAAACCAGCGCCCCAACCCGAUCAGAAACCAAUUAGAUGUCUGGGCAGAGAACAGAUAUUCGCUUUUCCGUAUUCCCUUCUGGUCAAUGUCUGUUAUGAGACUGUUAACAUAAGAUCUAACUCUCUGUGAAUGCUUUGGAGAGAUAUGACCCACUUAAGUUUUAGUGAUUGAAAAUCACACACAUUUAUGUUUUCAUUUGUUCUGAUCUCAUGGCAGGCCGAAUGUUUGCCAUGCCCGGGCCGGAUUUGGCCUACGGGCCUUUGUUUGGAGACCAAGGUACUACAAAAUCAUGGGAUUUAAGAAGGUGAAGAUUGUGCAUACAUGAUCAGUGCCACUUAGGUCAAAGUAAGGCACCUGACUAAACUGAAUAGUUCUAGUUUUUCUUUCUCUCAGGGAGAGGACUGAUAUCUGUUAUGCACAAUAAAAAAGGAAUUCCAAAGUAUGAA